UUUCUUUUAUGAAUAAUGUUGAGCAAGACAAUAAAUUAUAUAAAGUAUCAUUUACAUCAUGACAAUUUUCAGAAGUUCUCUAACUAGGUAAAAGGUAUGAACAAAGAUUCUGCUUGCAUACAGCACACAGUAAAAACUAUUAAUGAUUAACCUCCCAUAAGCACUUUGCUAGAAUGUCUGAUUUUGGUAUCAUUUUCAGGAUUUCACCCCCAUCUGUAAGGAAAAUAAUUUUGCUGGUGGGAAAUUUCAAAAGGCAUAUUUAUUUUCAUUUGAAGUUUUCAUUCUUUAUUAAGUGCUAACAUUUUGAAAAAUGCUUAUUAGUCACUCCUUUAAGUUGUGUGAUUGUGUGUGUGUGUGUGUGUGUGCUGUAAUAUAGUUAAUAGUUUCAAUUGAUGUUUGGUCAAGAUUGGGCUUCAUAAUUAGAAAAACAAAAAAGAUUGGUAUGUGGAGGUUUCUAGUCUUAACUUAUGGUCAAUAAUUGUUCAGCAAAUCCCAUGCAAUAAUUUACAGUAAUGUAAGUGGAUCCAGAAUUGUAAAUUUACUAAUUAAAAAUAUGAGGUUAAAUAUUUCCAAGCAAUUAGUGAUUUAUUUAUCAUUAUACGAUACUUAAUAUUAUUCUGAUAAAAAACCCAAACAAGUUAAUUGCCUUCAAAUAUUCCUUACUCCAUGGCUACUGAUUUAAUCAUGCUCCUCCUAUAAUAUUUCUGCUAACAUUGGACAGUACAGUUGGGGCGUUACCUUCCUGUUAUUCAUAGCCUGUUAGGGCAGAAGAAAAUAUCAGAGUCUGCUUAGUCAGAGGAGCAACAGGCAAUGGACUCCAAAUGCCAGUGUCUGGAACUUAAUGAUGGCCACUUCAUUCCCGUUCUGGGAUUUGGAACCUAUGCCCCUGAGGAGGUUCCUAAGAGUGAAGCUCUGGAGGUCACCAAAUUUGCUAUUGAUGUUGGGUUCCGCCAUAUUGACUGUGCUCAUUUGUACCAAAAUGAAGAGCAGGUUGGACAGGCCAUUCGCAGCAAGAUUGCAGAUGGCACUGUGAAGAGAGAAGACAUAUUCUACACUUCAAAGCUUUGGUCCACUUUCCUUCGACCAGAGUUGGUUCAACCAGCCUUGGAAAAGUCACUGAAAAAUCUUCAACUGGAUUAUGUUGAUCUCUAUAUUAUUCAUUUUCCAGCGGCUCUGAAGCCAGGGGAGGAACUUUUUCCCAAAGAUGAAAAUGGAAAAAUGAUAUUUGACACAGUGGAUCUCUGUCGCACGUGGGAGGCCCUGGAGAAGUGUAAGGACGCAGGACUGGCCAAGUCCAUCGGGGUGUCCAACUUUAACCACAAACAGCUGGAGAAGAUCCUGAACAAGCCGGGGCUCAAGUACAAGCCCGUCUGCAACCAGGUGGAAUGUCAUCCUUAUCUCAAUCAGAGCAAACUGUUGGACUUCUGCAAGUCAAACGAUAUUGUUCUUGUUGCCUAUGGUGCUCUGGGAUCCCAACGAUUAAAAGAUUGGGUGAACCCAAGCUACCCAGUUCUCUUGGAGGACCCAGUUCUUUGUGCCAUUGCAAAAAAGCACAAGCAAACCCCAGCGCUGAUUGCCCUUCGCUACCAGAUGCAACGUGGGGUUGUGGUCCUGGCUAAGAGUUACAAUAAGAAGCGGAUCAAAGAGAACAUGAAGGUUCUCGAUUUUGAAUUGACUCCAGAAGACAUGAAAGCAAUUGAUGGCCUCAACAGUAAUGUACGAUACUAUGAUUUACUCUUCAUUGCUGAUCACACUGACUAUCCAUAUUCUGAAGAAUAUUGAUUAUGAGUGAUCCGCCAUGGUGGUAUCAGAAUUUAUUGAUUCUAGGGGUGUGGAGAGAAUUGCUAUAAUCAUUGGAGCUAAUUAAAAUCUGUGUCUCUAGUUUAAGGCUUCUUGCAUGUUUUGGUGUGUGUGAAAUAAUAAAGAUUUCAAAGUAAGGAUACUCGGGAGGGGGAUCAAAAGGCAGAGUCGGAGGACCUUGAACUCACCUUCCUCCAUGAAGACAUCAAAACUACCACUACAUAUAGAGUAACUCUCACUGCAAACAACUUGAAGAGUAGCAGAAUGGCUCUCUACAACCCAAGCUAUCAAGAAAGAACCUCACAGAGCCUAGUAGGUGGGCGGGAGAAGCAAUCCAUUCAGGACCCACACCCCUAGCAGGUGACCCAGAGGAGUAUAAACAGGUUCAGGGAUACGCCUUAAAGAGCGAGGGGUACAAGACCCAUAUUAGGCACCCCAGGUCUGAGGAUGGCACUGGGAAGACGAGCCCCCUUGGCUGGUUUGAAAACCAGUGGGGCUUACAAGAGGGCUGUAAGAAACCAAGACUCCAUUCUUCAAGAACGUGUGCACAGAUGUGAUUGCUUUCAGUCCCAACACAGAGACAGCAGAUUGGAUUCUGCUUGAUGCUCUGGCCAGUCUGCCAGGACUACCUCAGUGCAUGCCAAAAGCCUCCUGCUCCAUCCCCUCCUGCUCUGGCACUGG